CUGUCACUUUCGUCCCUGAAAGUGGCACUCGCUGUCAUAAUAGUCCCCGAAUCAUCAAAAAACAAUUUAAGAUCCCUGAAAGUGACUUCCGUUAGUCAGAAUAGUCCCCGUCGUUAGUUUGCGUCAAAGAACCGUUUGGUAGUGCUGAUGUGGCCGUUUUGUUGACUUUAUUGACCAAUACAUGUCAUUUCUUUUUAAAAAUUGAAGCCACGUACGCAGGGACCAAAUUGAAGGUAAAAAAAAAUUCAAAAAGGUAGAUACCGUUGAGGGACUAAAUUGACUAAAAUAGAAAAUAACCCCCAUUUAUAAACCCUAAAUCAAUCUCCAUUUCUUCCUCUUCUCAUCUCCAUCUUCUUCCUCUUCUCAUCUCCACUUCUCAUCUCCAUCUUCUUCCUCUUCUCAUCUCCAUAACCAUUUUCGAUUAGUUGAAAGAUGAAAGGAGUUCCACCAAUUUCACAGCAAAGAGAAGCUUCAACUACCCAAAUUGGAAGUCAAUCAUCAUCCUCACGUUUUGAUCGGAGGCCUGACUGUUUUUGUGAGAGAAAGACAGUGAUGCUUAGAGCAAAAACAUUGAAGAAUCCAGGGAGACAAUUCUACACAUGCCCACUAAACAAAGAAGAUAGUGCAAAUUGCAAAUACUUCAUGUGGGUUGAUGAGUGGGAAGACUAUCUUGCAAAUGAAUCUUUAAGAAGAGUAGAAAGAAAAGAAGGAGUAAAAGAUGAUGAAAUGAAAACUAGUGUUGACAACAAUUAUGAAAAUGAUAAGUUCAAGAGAGAUGUAAACUCAAAGUUGGAUAUGUUGGUUGUUGACAUGAAGCUUAUAAAAUACUUUGUAUUUGCUUGUAUUGUGAUUCAACUUUUGUAUAUGGUUGUUCACAAGUAGUGUUGUUGAUUAGUGAUUGAAAUUAGUGAGUGUAAUAUUGUUGAUUAGUGAGUGUAAUGUUAUUGAUUAGUG